GUUCCAGUCGAGACAACCCCCUGAAACAUAGAGCUGAGAAACUGGGUCAUGUUCAGUAGGGAGGAAACUGAUUGAAACGGAGAGGUACUCCCUGCAACCUGAUCAUAAGUGCCUAAACAUUCCCCUCUCACCAUAACAUCUUAUGUCAACCAACAUUUUGGGGGGGAAUUUUGUUUCUGUCGUUCUUAGCCAGUUAUUUCCGUUCUUCUGGUUUCACAAUGAAAUGACAAAAUCAUAAGAUGCAGGCAGAAGAAGAGGACAGGUAUACACAAUUUGCAUAAAUGUUAAAGCUCCCCCAGCAAAUUGAGUUUACAGACUCAAAAGUGAAUCUCUUUUUCAGGCCACCUGUUCGGUCAACAAGCAUGGUUUCACGUCCAGGUAGCCUUCAAUCUAUGAUCCUCUUAUUGUAGUUUUUUUUUUUUUUUGGGGGGGGGGGGGUUUAAUUCCUAGUUAAUUCAACCCUAAAUGAAGAAAGAUUGCUGCUAAUUUGGUUUCACUAGAUCGUUUUGAUAUCAUCUUCAGACGCUGCUUAAUAGCCUCCGACUCGAUGUUUGUCUGCUUCUUUCUCAACAUUCGGAUGUCUGCCUCAGCGUGCUCAGGUAGAACAAUGUGUUGGUUUCUUCCCGUGUGUCUUUCAUAUCAAAAUCGUAAGCUUAUUGAUCUAGUUUUGAAUAAAGAAUGUUUGUGAUGAAUUGAAACUCUAAUACGUUAUCAGAUUUGAAAUGUCAAAUUCUGUGUCAGUGAGGCUAAUGAUCAUUUAUGGCCCUGUAAAUUGAAUCUUGGUACAUUGAUUUAAUUGGGUCUGUGUUCUGUUAUAUAUGAGAAUCCAGCCACUGAGUCGAUUCUGGCAUAGUUGUAGUGAAGGUUUUGGCCUGAUUUUUGUUUAAUGCAACUUCACCUAACCUUCGUCUUACUGUCACAGGAAACCAGGUGGUCCAACUGCUAGAAAAAAGGCCAGCACACAGAACCAGGUCUACACACGCUUGACAUUUACAUUGGGGUCAUGGUGCAACAAACCAUUGGUGGCGUUCUGUGUCAGGUUUAUUACAUUUCACAAGACCCAGCAUCGACGUCACUCACCCUUCCCCAGUCCCUACGGGAUGGGGUGCAUUGAAUCCGGGGAGAGCGUGUACUGGUGCUCCAGUGUGCGACCUGCUACCCUGCACGAAACAGCUCCCUGCUUGCAUAACUUUUUGACACAUCGCAUCCGACCAAGCACUGAAGUUCUACGAAAGUAACACAAUGGGUUGCUUCGAAUGCUGCAUCAAGUGUCUGGGCGGCGUGCCCUACGCCUCGCUGGUGGCCACCAUCCUCUGUUUCUCGGGCGUGGCUCUGUUCUGCGGGUGUGGUCACGUGGCGCUGACCGGCACACUGACCAUGCUGGAGAAUCACUUCUCUCAGAUCACCACUGACCACGCCACCCUCACCAUCGUGAUCCAGACCAUGCAGUACGUCAUCUACGGCAUCGCCUCCUUCUUCUUUGUUUAUGGGAUCAUCCUGCUGGCUGAGGGCUUCUACACCACCAGCGCCGUCAAGAAGGAGCUGCAGAGCCAGUUCAAGACCACCGUGUGUGGCCGCUGCAUCACGGCCACGUUUGUGUUCCUUACGUAUAUCCUGGGCCUGGCCUUCCUGGGGAUCUUUGGCUUCUCAGCCAUUCCCGUCUUCCUCUUCUACAACAUGUGGACUACCUGUGCUGCCAUGAAGUCCCCCAUGGCCAACAUCACCGAUCCCGACUCCAUCUGUGUGGACGUCAGGCAGUACGGUAUUAUUCCAUGGAAUGCGACACCCGGCAAAGCCUGCGGAUCUACACUAGGAGACAUCUGUAGCACCAGCGAGUUCUACCUGUCUUUCCACCUGUACAUUGUUGCGUGUGCUGGGGCAGGCGCCACCCUCAUUGCGUUGAUCCACUAUCUGAUGAUCCUGUCGGCAAACUGGGCCUACCUGAGGAGCUCCUGCAACCAGAACGAGUACCAGGACAUCAAGACAAAGGACGACGACGUGGAGGAAGGUGGCUCCAAGGAGGGUCUCAACUCCUCUUACUCAUAAGAACCGGCCAACCACCCCUUCACACACUUCCUCUCCCCUAACCUCCAACCCCCCUUCUGGGUAAAACCAACACCUGGGUCUCCUUCACUAUGGGCAGUGUUCUGACUUGAGAUAUGUUCACUCAACUCAAAUUUUCACACGUUGGCUACGUUUACACAGGGAGCACAAUUCUGUUAUUUUUUCCCACUAAUUGGUCCUAUGACCAAUCAUAUCUUUUCACAUCAACUCUUUUUCGGAGCUUAUCUGAUUGGUCAAAAGACCAAUUAGUGAACAAAAUAUCAGAAUUGGACUGCCUGUGUAAAUGAAAUGCAGCCCAUGUCUUCCAUUAACAGCAAUGGACAAUUUAAGCUAAGGUCUGAAUUGAGCACACUUUUCUCAAAUCUGAAUCAGGUCCUUUGUCCAAACAGGAGCAAACAUUUUCAAACGGAACAGGUAUAUGAGAAGUUCCUAUUGGAUGAGCUCAGGUUAGGUGGUACCUCUUCCUGUUUGCUCUCGAUUGGACCGUUACUGAGCGCAACCCUGCUGCCAUAGCCUAACUGCUCUGAAUCAAUCACAGCACAGCACUAACACAGCGAAUAACCGCCUAACAAUAAGGUCACUGUCUGCACAACUUCUGAGGAAGCGUGCCACAAAAUGUCCUGUUUCUUUGGUGUUUUAUAUAUAUAUGAAUAUAUUGUGUGAAUGUGUAUGUAUGAAUGUUUUUUUUUUAUACUACUUCAAAAUAUGACAGGUUUACUAUUAUAUUUAUCUGAUCUUCUCUUAUUUCUGGUAUUUUUCUCCUUUGGUUAUCUUAUCCCUGUGCAAAUGUUUUACCUGAUUUAGUUUUUUGCUUUUUUUAUGGUAAUGCUUGUAUCAAAAAUAUAAAGAUGUAAAGUAGACUUCCAAAACCCAUGUAAACAUUACAUACACAGCAUCUCAGGGUGCCUCUCAUAGAAUAUAGUCCUACUAUUACAUUAACUUUCCCAAUCCUUUGUUGACAUCCAGCAAUUUCUGUUAAGUAAUUCUUCAUUUUGGCCUGAGGAGAAAAACGUGUGCUGUACCCUAACCGGAUUGGACACAUUCACUAAUGUGACUGUUGGCCCAAAGCAGCAGUUCUGUCAGCAGCUGUCUGCAGUGUUAACGCAUUACCUUGACCCGCAAGGGAAACAUCUAGCCUGGUCCCAGAUCUGAUCGUGCUGU